CCCAACGGGAAUCCACCCCCCCCCCCCCCCCCCCCCGCUACUAACAGACGCACAGUUGAUCAGGCGGAGAUAGAGCGACUCCGUAGGCUGAGACUUCCGAAGACAAACGAACUGCGCUGUAUUUGUCUGAAUUCGUUAGUUUCCACUCCCAUGACGAUGUUCUCCUCCUGUUUUGGAUGGUACAACUCACCUCAACCCAGAUCUCUGUGAGAUGGUGUCUUCAGCUCAAGAAAACUGCUAACCUGUCCUUCAAAAUGAAAUCAACGAGAAAACUUUUGGCUGCUGCAUCUGUGUUGUUGAUAUUUUUGAUCAACGUCUUCAGUGGGAACACUCUGACCUGUCAUCCAGAGACAGAGUAUCCGAUAGGGGAUGAAUGCUGUCCUCUGUGUCCGCCGGGAUGUCGCGUGAAAAUGGACUGCACAGAGUUCUGGAGUACUUCCUGUGUGCCCUGUGUGAACGGAACCUUUAUGGAUGUUCCCACUGGGCGUAGACAGUGUUUUCCCUGUACGAGUUGUGGUUCAGGUUCUGGACUGAAAAACAGUUUGUGCACAACAACAUCAGAUACAGUUUGUGAACCUCUAGAAGGAUUCUACUGUAUAGACUGGAGAGGGAGCCGCUGUGUGGGAGCACAGAGACACAAAAGAUGUGAACCAGGACAGUACAUCAUACAUAAAGGAACAGCCCUCACAGACACUGAGUGCUCUGACUGCAGUGAUGGGACUUUUUCAAAUGGGACAUCUACAUCUUGUCAACCACACACACAAUGUGAAUCACAAAACCUUCAGCUGAUAAAACCUGGAACUGUGUCGACUGAUGCUGAAUGUGGAAAGGACUACGAUUCAACUAAUGUGGUCGCCAUUGUAGUGCCUUUUUUAUUAAUUUGUGUGUCUUUAACAGUAAUUUACUUUUUCUGGAUGAAAAAAAAAGGAUGUCUAUUUGGCAAAAUGAGAAGUGCAGCUAUUCCCACAGAGCGAAACGCAGCUGGAAGAGAAGGCGAGAACAUGAUGGAUACGACAGAGGGAACAGUAGCAGUGUAAGAGACAACUGGGGGAGAACCAGUGAAACACUGUUCACUGCAGAGUCAAUGUGCUGGUACAUUGUCUUUAAAAAAAAAGGCCGCUCCGUGCUACAAGCUGCCCACAGCUCAUCAUCUCACUCAGAUGUUGCUGAGAAUAAAGUGGUCAGGAACAUGAAACUUGGAGCACAAUGACUCCAGCGACAUGAAGGUCCUGCUGACAGUGAGUCACGGUGUACGUGCCUCCACACUCAGACUUUACUGAUCUUCUGUGGAGGCAGAGAGAGCUCACAGCUGGAUCUGACCAUCAGACUGAGACUGGACUGUAUCAGUCAUGAAUAAGGACAAAGAGCUGGAACAGUUGCAUGAUGGGACAGAUUGUUGCCCUCAGCGGAUGAGUUGGGAACAAGCUCCUCACUGUUAAUUCUGUUUUAUAAAACAGUUUCUUUACAAUGGACAAUGAAUAUAUAGUAUAUUUACUUUCCAAUUGUUUUUCACUGUUUGGGAGUUAUGAAAUAUCAGCAGGCUGCUUUUUGAUUUUUUGGGGGGAUUUGAAGCUUUAUAAAGAAAAAAGAAGGAUAAGAUAAUUUACAUACAAAUACCAUUAAGGAAAGUAGAGACUAAAGCUAUCAAAAAGAACUAUAUGUGCAAAACCUGGCAGGAAUACUGGGGCAGGAAGAAAUCUUCACGGUAUUCAUAAAUGUGUUGGUGAAUAAUAUUUAAAUUGAAUUAAAAAAAUUAAAAGGUAAACCAUCCCAAAAUCUCUGUAAAAUGAAACAUGAAAGAAGGAAAAACUAUGUAUACUAUUUAUACAUUUGUGUGACUUAAUUUUUUCCUAUCCUGAACUACUAUUCA